CUAUAUUUAGAGGGGAUAGGAUUAAAUUGCAGUAGGCAGUGGGGGAUUCAGGCUGGGAACCUUUUCCCUGCUCAGCCUUUUCUAGCCUGGACUGGGUGCCAAGAGGACCUGUGGCCAUCAUUUCUUUCCCUCUGCAAGCCACCGAUUUUUUUCCCCACACCAUGGACCCCAAAGCCAUGAAGGAGGAGCUGCGCCUCUUCCAGAGCACCUUGCUCCAGGAUGGCCUCAAGGAGCUGCUGAACGAGAACAAGUUUGUGGACUGCACUCUGAAAGUGGGUGAUCGGAGCUUCCCCUGCCAUAAACUCAUAAUGGCUGCCUGCAGCCCAUACUUCAGAGAGAUCUUCUUCUCCAAGGACGGCAAGGAGGUGGAGGCCACCAAGGAGGUGGUCCUGGACGAUGUCAAUCCAGCCAUCUUGGACAUGAUCAUCACGUAUCUGUACUCGGCCGAGAUCGAUCUCACCGACGAAAAUGUGCAGGACAUAUUUGCCGUAGCAAAUCGUUUCCAGAUUCCUUCAGUCUUCACUGUGUGUGUUAACUAUCUUCAGAAGAAGCUAUCCGUGACCAACUGUUUGGCAAUCUUCAGGAUGGGUCUGGUCCUCAACGUGCCCAGGUUGGCAGUGUCUGCCCGUGACUACAUCGCAGACCGCUUUGAUAUCCUCUCUAAAGACGAAGAGCUCCUCCAGCUGGCCGCUCAUGAACUGUUCGCUGUCAUCGGUGGCGACUCGCUCAAUGUGGAGAAGGAGGAGAUGGUGUUCGAAGCCCUCAUGAAAUGGGUCCACAACGACAAAGACAAACGUGUCCAGGUACUGGGUGACGCCUUCGAGUGCAUCCGCUUCCGCCUCAUGCCUGAGAAAUAUUUCCACGACAAAGUGGAGACGGACGAGAUCAUCAAGGCCGACCCGGAACUUCUGAAGAAGGUCCAGAUUAUCAAAGACGCGUUCCAGGGGAAACUCCCAGAGAAGAAAGACAAGGUAGCUGGGGAUAAGGGGGCGGAUGGCGAGGGUGGCGAGGCAGAGGAUGUUUUCCCAGGUUUCCUAAACGAUAACCGUCGCCACGGCAUGUACGUCCGCGACCUGAUCCUGAUGAUCAACGACACGGCAGCGGUGGCGUACGACGUCAACGAGAACGAGUGUUUCCUGGCGGCCAUGUCGGAACAGAUCCCCCGGAACCACGUCAGCCUGGCAUCACAGAAGAACCAGCUCUACCUCAUCGGAGGACUGUUUGUGGACGAGGAGGACAAGGACGCUCCCCUACAGUGCUACUUUUAUCAGUUGGACACUCUUGCAGCUGACUGGGUAGCUCUGCCCCCCAUGCCUUCCCCUAGAGCUCUUUUCAACAUGGGAGAGUGCGAGAACCUGCUGUUUGCUAUUGCUGGAAAAGACCUCCAGAGCAACGAGUGUUUAGACUCUGUGAUGUGCUAUGAUGUCCAGAAGAUGAAGUGGAGUGAGACCAAAAAGCUUCCCCUGAAGAUCCACGGCCAUUCUGUGGUCUCCCAUAAGGGCCUGGUGUACUGCAUUGGAGGAAAGACUGAUGACAACAAAGCCCUGAACAAGAUGUUUGUAUACAACCACAAGCAGUCAGAGUGGAGGGAGCUGGCUGCCAUGAAGACAGCCAGAGCCAUGUUCGGAGCUGUCAUUUACAACGGAAAGAUUGUGGUGGCCGGUGGAGUCAAUGAGGAAGGCCUCACUGCUGCAUCUGAAGUCUAUGACUUUGGAACAAACAAAUGGGAGACGUUCACAGACUUUCCCCAGGAGAGGAGCUCAGUGAACCUGCUGAGCAAUGAGGGGGCCCUGUACGCCGUGGGGGGCUUCACCUUCAUCCAGAAUGACAACAAGGAGGUGGUCCCCGCAGAGGUCACUGAUGUUUGGCAAUACGAGGAGGACAAGAAGGAAUGGAGCGGGAUGCUGAGGGAGAUGCGUUAUGCCGCUGGCUCCUCCUGUGUAUCCAUGCGCCUCAAUGCUGCCAAGAUGCCCAAACUCUAGACCCUGCCUGUGCCAUCAUGAUUCCCCAUGAUGCCCUCUGUCUGCCCGGAUUAUCAUCAUCUUCUCUGGGUAGUCUUUCCAUUUCAGUAAUAGAGGGGGUGUCACCGUCACAUGACAACUCAAAUGUGGACUCUUAUUGGUUGAUUGUGUUGAGAUAUUCUUUUUGUCACUUUAUGGUCAGAAAGUGAUAUUCUGUACAAUAAUAACAACAUCUACUUUGCGUCAGUGAAGACUGCAUCAGUAUAUUAGUUUCCCUCACUAUCGAGUUACCCACAACGUGUAUUUAGCUAGCUUUUUUGUAAAAUAAACAUUUGUUCAAAAACUC